AUGGCGGUCAGCAGCAUCCGAGGCCGGUCGUCACGGAGCAGUCGGAUGCGAGGUCGGAAUGACAGCGGGGAGGAGAACGUGCCGCUGGAUCUGUCCAGAGAUCCUGCAGAGAACCUCCGUGAAAUCCUUCAAAACGUUGCAAAGCAGCAGGGAGUCUCCAACAUGCGCAAGCUCGGUCACCUCAACAACUUUGUAAAGCUUCUCUGCAGUGUCGGCCACUCAGAGGAGAAGCUUGGCUUCACAUAUGAGGAGAUAAUUAUUUGUCUUCGGCUAGCGUUGUUAAAUGAGGCCAAGGAAGUCCGUGCAGCUGGAUUACGAGCUAUGAGGUACUUGAUCAGAGACAGCAAUGUACUGGAGAAGGUGCUUCGUCUGCAGGUGGACUAUCUGAUUGCGAGGUGUAUAGAUAUCCAGCAAAGUAAUGAGGUUGAGAGAACGCAGGCUCUCAGACUGGCACGCAAGAUGAUCACUGUGAAUGCGCUGCUUUUCCCCUCCUCUGUCACCAACUCCCUCAUCGCCGUGGGCAACGACGGGCUGCAUGAACGAGAUCGUAUGGUGCGGGCCUGCGUCGCCAUAAUCUGUGAGCUCUCCUUGAAGAACCCUGUUGUGGUGGCACAGCGGGGCGGGCUCAGCACCAUCCUGAGGAGCGUGACCGACUGUCAGCUGAGUCGCAUCAAUGAAGCUCUCAUCACCACCGUCCUGCACCUCCUCAACCACCCUCACACCAGGCAGUACGUCCGCUCUGACGUUGAACUGGAGCAAAUCUUGGCCCCUUACACUGACUUCCACUACAGACACGCUCCUGACAUAGCAGAGGGGCAUCUCAAGGAGGACAGGGAGGCUCGAUUCUUGGCCAGUAAAAUGUCUAUAGUCGCCUCAUUUCGUUCCUGGUCUGGCAUCAUUAACCUCUGCAAGUCAGGCAGCUCUGGGAUCGAGUCACUCAUUGGUUUGCUCUGUAUACCAAAUAUGGAAGUGCGGAAAGCCUUGUUAGAGGUGCUGUACGAUAUCUUCCAGCUCGCCAUUCCUGUAGUGACCGCAGACUUCAGUGAAGCUCUUACUAGUGUAGACCCCAGCAGGUUUCAGGACAGCUGGCGGUUCUCUGAUGGAUUUGUGGCCUCUGAGGCUAAAACGAUCCUCCCACAUCGAUCACGCUCGAGACUGGACCUGAUGGACAACUACCUGGCUCUGGUGCUGUCUGCCUUCAUCAAGAGUGGACUGUUAGAGGGUCUUGUCGAGGUGAUCACAAGCAGCGAUGAUGCCACGUCCAUUCGUGCCACCAUCCUGGUGGGAGAAGUCCUCCAUCUGGCCAACACCAUCCUCCCUCAGAGCCACAGCCACCACCUGCACUGCCUACCCACCCUCCUCAACAUGGCCACCUCCUUCGAUAUAGCUCCUGAGAAGAGACUGAGGGCGAGUGCUGCAGUCAACUACCUGAAGUGCUUUCAUGAGAAGAAGAAGAGAGGAGUCCGACCUCACAGUCUCUACCUGGACCACAUCCUCCGCACGUCAGGAGCGCUGCACUACUGUCGAGACCAGACCUACAGACCUCACAGAGACGCGUUCAUCGUCAAGGACACUGAGGACUCUCUGAUGGCCAACAUGAGAGACAGUCACAUCCUCAACCACAAGGAGAACCUGGACUGGAACUGGUGCCUUAUUGGAACCAUUUUAAAGUGGCCAAACGUUAGUCUACGCAGCAAUAAGGAUGAACAGAUCCAUAAGUUUGUGCGGAGGCUGCUCUUCUUCUUCAAGCCCAGCAGUAAGCUGUACGGCAGCCUGGAGCUGGAGCAUCCCAAAGCCAGACAGCUGACUGUGGUCGGCUGUCAGUUCAUAGAGUUCCUGCUGGCGUCGGAGGAGGAUGGCCAGGCGUACUUAGAAGACCUGGUAAAGGACAUUGUCCAGUGGCUGUUUUCCUCUCCUGGGCUCAAACCUGACCGCAGUCUGCAGGGCAAUGGGCUGCUAACCACUCUCAGCCAACACUACUUCCUCUUCCUGGGCACCCUAUCAGCCUACCCGCACGGUGUCAAGAUGCUAGAGAAGUGCAGCGUCUUCCAGUGUCUGUUGAACCUGUGCAGUCUGAAGAACCAGGAGCACCUGCUGAAGCUGACCGUCUCCACGCUGGAUUACAGUCGAGACGGUUUGGCUCGAGUCAUUCUGUCCAAAAUCCUCACGGCCGCCACUGAUACCUGCAGGCUGUAUGCCACCAAGCACCUGCGGGUCCUCCUGCGUGCCAGUGUGGAGUUCUUCAGUAACUGGGGCAUUGAACUUCUGGUGACUCAGCUUCAUGACCGCAACAAGACCAUCUCCAUGGAGGCACUGGACAUCCUGGAUGAAGCCUGUGAAGACAAGGCCAUCCUUCAUGCACUGACAGAGAUGAAACCUGCCGUCACACACCUGGGGGAUAAAGGUGUGCUACUGCUGCUAAGGUUUUUAUCUAUUCCAAAGGGCUUCUCCUACCUUAGUGACAGAGGAUACAUCACUAAACAGAUGGAGAAAUGGCAGAAGGAGUAUAACUUGAAGUACGUGGACAUGAUAGAGGAGCAGCUGAAUGAGGCCCUGACCACAUACCGCAAGCCUGUUAACGGAGACAACUAUGUACGCCGCAGCAACCAAAGGUCACAAAGGCCAAAUGUUUACCUUCCUGUGCACUUGUAUGGUCAACUGGUCCAUGAAAAGACCGGCUGUCAGCUGCUUGAAGCCCAGAACGUGGUUCCUGAUUUAAGCUUCAGUGUUCGAUCUCCAGUCCUGGACAAGUGGGAGGGAAUCAAACAACUGAAGGCAGCACUUUGGGCUUUGGGAAACAUAGGCUCAUCAAACUGGGGUCUGAACCUGCUGCUGGAGGAGAGGGUGAUCCCUGACAUCGUGGCUCUGGCCCACCACUGUGAGGUUCUGUCCAUUCGAGGGACGUGUCUGUACGUGCUGGGUCUCAUCAGUAAGACGAGGCAGGGCUGCGACACUUUGAAGCAGCAGGGCUGGGACGCUGUGAGGCACAGCCGUGGUACACUGUGGCCUGUGGUGCUGGAGGAGCUGGAGCCGCAGUCCAAACCCCACAACCUGCUGUCCUCUGUCCCCGGUGUCUUCAGGCUGAAUGAGUCCACCGGCUCCGGGCUCAACAACGAGACAACCAGCUUACAACCCAGUGAGUCCAAACCCUCCAGUGUGUAUAAUCUGGAUGAUGAGAAGCUGGUAGAAGGCUGUGACUUCUCAGAAGAGUUGUCAUUGUACAUGUGCCCUAAACUGAUGAAGGACCGAGGUCCUUUCAACAUGCUGGCAUCUAGCCGCUUCCGCAACCGCCUUCUCCACUCACUGUCUCUACCCGGGAAGAAGUCUCGCACCAGCCCGUACCCUAAAGGCAGCAGCCAAGGAGGAGGAGGAGGGCUGGAUGGAAAGCAGGGGCUGAAACCUUCCAGCUUAUCAUUUGCAGCAGCAGAUUUUCUCCCUAUUUACAACACCAGUCCCUCAGGUGAGAGGGAGAAUAAAGCCACAGAGAAUGGUGGGAGCACACCCAGCAUCGGGGAGGGGGAACUGGACGCGUCAGGGGUCCGUACAGGUGAGAACCGGCAGAGCAGCUAUGAGCGUCUGGCUGAGGAUGGGCCUUCAGGAGGCGGUGGAGCCCAGUUCAAAAGCCGCAGCCAGAGCUUUAACACAGACACCACCACCAGUGGCAUCAGCUCCAUGAGCUCCAGCCCCUCCAGGGAGACCCUGCCCCCCACCACAGACCCAGACUGUGUCAGCCUCAACACUGUGAUAAGUGCCCAGACCGUCCAGAACACGCACUCUCUGACACCCCAGCCCUGCUCCACACCGCUCUCCAUUCCCAAGUCCCUCUCUGCCUCUCUCAUACCUCCAGGCUCCUCCCACACCUUGCCCCGCCGAGCCCAGUCCCUCAGGUCUCCCUCAGCCACCGCCCUGAGCAGCUUAGCCGACUGCAGCCUCAUGUGCUCCGGCUCCAGAGAGGCGCUGGGAUAUGCCACCCACAACGGCUGCACAAGUCCUCGGGACGCACUGGGCUACGCCACGCUCAGGAGGCUGCAGCACCAACGCAUUCAGCCCUCCCUGUCCCACAGUGAAGCCCUGGCCUCCCCAGCCAAAGACAUAUUCUUCACUGAUGCCAUCACCAUGAACACAAACAGCCCGGAUUCCAGACUCACUUCUCGAAGAUUUCUGAAAGCUCUGAGCUUUGCGUCUCUGGAUAAGGAAGACCUGCUGAGCCCAAUCAACCAGACCACGCUGCAGCGCUCCUCCUCUCUGCGCUCCAUCGUGUCCACUGCCACCUGUGGCUCCUCUGUUGACUACAUAGGCCUCGCCUUGCCUGUCAACAUCAGCAACAUGUUCCAGAUUAAAGAAACAGUUUAUUUCCAAAAGAAGACGAGUCCACCGUCUGAGGACCACUCUCGUCUGCUGCGUGUGUGCUCAGGCCCCAAUGAUGGGCGUGGGCCAGCGAGGCUUCGCUCUCAGCUCAGCAUCACCGAGCUGAUGGCGGUGAGCCGCGAGGAACAACAGCUGAUGCUGGGCUCAGAGGAGACGGGUCUGCAGGAGCACAGUGACACCAACUGCCUGUACUGUGCUGGACUGUCCACGCUCGGCUUCAACUCUCAACAUGGCAACUCAGAGGUGAGCCCGUUAUCUGAGUGGUGCAGUCCAGCUCCAGCAAACAAUCUGGAGGUCAUGGUCCAAGCCAAGCUGUCAGGGGUGUCUGGAUUCAGUGACACUGUGUCCCAGGGAUCUGGGGGGAGUGGUCACAGCACAGAACUUGUUUUGGGGGUGAAGUCCAUCCCAGAGGACGCGCCGGCCGGCAGGGUCCUGCUGAGGAAGGAGGUGCUUCGUCUGGUCAUCAACCUCAGCUCCUCUGUGGGGACCAAAAACCACGAGACCAGCCUGUUAACGAUCAAGGAGAAGUUCCCCUAUGCAUUCGAUGACAUCUGUCUAUAUUCAGAGGUGUCCUAUCUGCUGGCUCACUGUAUGUUCCGACUGCCCUCACGCCGCUUCAUUCAGGAGCUCUUCCAAGACGUGCCCUUUAUACCACUGUAUGAAGAGGCAGAGAGCAUCCUGUCCAUGUCCCCACAGAAGGAUUCAGCUCACCACUCUGACCCCUGA